AUGGCUGGGGUAGUCCUGGACAAGGACCAGUUCACCUGCUCGGUAUGUCUGGACGUCCUGCGGGACCCGGUGACCAUCCCGUGCGGCCACAGCUACUGCUCCGACUGCAUUCGCAACUACUGGGACCAGGCCGACUACAUCGGGGUGUUUAUGUGCCCUCAGUGCCGGCAGAGCUUCAACCCGAGGCCGGCCCUCGCCCGGAGCACCUUGCUAGCCGACGUGGUGGACCGAUUCAAGCGGAGCGGACUACAGGAGGUGUCGGGGGGGCAGCAACCGAGCCCGGCGCUGGCGCAGGGCGACGACGUCGAGUGCGACGUAUGCAUCGGUAGGAAGAACAAGGCGGUCAACUCUUGCCUGGUUUGCUUGGCGUCAUACUGCGAACUGCACGUCCGACCGCACCACGACUCGGCCGUGUUCAUGAAGCACAAACUGGUCUCGGCCUCCAAGAGGCUCCAGGAGAGCCUCUGCGCGCGCCACGAUAAGCUCCUCGAGGUCUUCUGCCGUACGGACAAGCAGUGCAUCUGCUCCAUGUGUCUCACAGACGAACACAAGGGACACGACACUGUACUGACAGAGGUGGAGAUACAGCUGCAGCAGAGACAACUCGGUGAGAUGAAGUUGAACUUUCAGCGCAGCAUCCAGAAACUAGAGAAGGAAUCUCAGGAGCUAAGACAAACCAUCUUCUCCCUCAACCGUUCGGCUCGGCUGGCGGCGGAGACGAGCGACAGCGUAUUCGCGGACCUAAUUAGCGGCAUGGAGCUGAAGCGCUUCGAACUGCGCGAACUGAUCAAGGCCCAGCAGAAGCUGGCGGUGAGUCAGGGCCAGCAGUUGUUGGAGAGUAUCAAUAAGGAGGUCGCCGAGCAUAAGAAGCGUGAGACCGAGCUGGACCGGCUGGUGCUCUCUGACGACCAUCUGCAUUUCCUCCAGAGUUGUCAGACGCUGAACACCGUCGCGCCCGUGUCAUCGAUUCUGCCAGCCGUCGCCGUGGACCCCGGCUUGACCUUUGACCCCGCAACCAAAGCCGUGUGCGACUUUAAAGCGGUGCUGCAAGAGGUCUGCCAGGGAGGAUUCGUUAGCAUCUAUGAGAAAGUGAGAGAAGUGGCCAUCCUUGCUCCUCCCAAUACACCUGUCCACACUGACGUAACGACACCCAUGAGCGUCGUCCAGCCUCCUGUUCAACUGGAGGAGACAGGGAUCCCGUCAACCGGCCUGGACCAAAGUCCCGUGAGCCCCCUCAAUCCUUUCCUGAGCCCAGGACCUGUUGUCCCCACAUUUGUCUUCUCGCCUCUUGGAGCGCCGACAGCUGCGGCCACCAUCUCCAUCGAACAAGACCAAUUUAGCUGUCCGGUUUGUCUGGAGGUUCUGCUGGACCCGGUGACCAUCCCGUGCGGACACAGCUACUGCCUGGGCUGCAUUGAGGACUACUGGAACAGAGGCAAACCGCAGAAGUCGCAGUACAGCUGCCCGCAGUGCCGUCAGGAGUUUAACCCGAAACCGCUGCUCAAUCGCAAUACCGUCUUGGCGGAGCUGGUAGAGAAGUUCGUCCAAGGCGGAGUGCGAGAGCAGCCGGCGAGGGAGCGCCAACGUCGGCAGAGACACGGAGUCGUAGCGGUUCCAAAGUCUGGUGCUGUGAAAGAGAACCUGUGUCCACGCCACGAGAAGCCGGUGAAGAAAUACUGCCGCACUGACCAUCAGGGCUUGUGUUUGCGCUGCGUCAAAUCCCAUCACGCGGAUCAUGACGUCGUGCAGCUGGUGGAUGAACGAGUGGCGGAACAGAAAAAACUCCAAGAAGCAUCUCUGAAGAGCACGCAGAACAUUAAGGAUGUGGAGAAGGAGCUUCGAUAUGCGGUCAAAUACAUCAAACACGCCACCGAGGCAGCGGAGGAAGAGAGUGACCGGGUCUUCGCCAAGCUGCUCCGAGCCAUUGAUAAACAUCGAUGCGAUGUGAAAGAGGCGAUCCGAGGGCGAGAGCAGGUGGCCUUGGCGCAAACCGAGCAGUUGCUAGAGAAGCUGGAGCGCGAGACAGCGGAGGUCCGGAGGAACGAGGCCGAGCUGGAGAAACUCUGCCGGAGCAACGACCACCUUCACUUCCUUCAGAAGAGCAGAUCUCUUCAUUUCCCAUCCAAGCGGGUUCAGAUGCCUAACACAGACAUGCUUCCAUACUUAAUGUACAAAAGCAUGAGAGGAGGCCUGUCGGAGCUGAAGGAGGGUCUGGAUGAAAGCCUCCAAAGAGAAAUCAACCGAAUCUCCGAUAAAGUGAUUUCACUGAAGGAAACCAGCGCUCCAAAUGAAAAGACUAAAGUCACACUAGACGCUCACAUAUUAUAUGACGCGGAACCAAAGACGAGAGAAGAAUUUUUACACUAUUACCAGGAUUUAACGUUGGACCCUAACACGGCCAACCCUUACCUGAGCUUGUCCGAGAGUCUGCGGGGGGCGACCACUCGCUCCGAGGCAAAGCCCUACCCGGAGCACCCGGAGCGCUUCAGCAGCUGGGCGCAGGUAUUGUGUUGCGCCGGCGUGGCGGGUCGCUGCUACUGGGAGGCGGCCUGGGCCGGCAAGGGCGGGGCGUCCGUCGGCGUGUGCUACCGAGGCAUGAACAGGAUCGGCGGAGGCAACGACAGCAAACUGGGCCACAACGCCAAGUCCUGGAGCCUGGACUGCUCCGAAAGCGGGUGCGUGUUCCGCCACGACAAGCAGAGCGUGCGCGUGGCAAACGGCUGCGUCAACAGGAUAGGAGUUUAUCUGGACUUGAGGGCCGGGGUUUUGUCCUUCUACAAUGUUUCCGGGGGUAUGCUUCUACUUCACAGCGUCCACGCCGCUUUCAGCCAGCCCGUGCAUCCGGGAUUCUGGGUGGGUUUAGGAUCUACUUUGAAGUUGUGCUCUUUGUAA